AUAUGUACUUUCCAACGAACCCCCAGCACAACACACUCUCCCCCGAAACACAGUGACCGCGACUGCGAACGAGCGAGCGAGGCGAGAGAGAGAGAGAGAGAGUGAGGGAGAUGGAACCGGAAGCGGAGGAUCCGACCGCCAAUGAGAUCGACGGCGCUGAUGGCGGUGAGGACGCCAAGAGCGGCGACGAGGCGGCGGCGGCGGGGAACGACGGGAGCGGGAGCAGCGGUGGGAAAGCGGGGAGGGACAGAGUGAAGGGGCCUUGGUCACCCGAAGAGGACGCGAUCCUGAGCGACCUCGUCAGCAAGUUCGGGCCGAGGAAUUGGAGCUUGAUCGCCCGCGGGAUCGCCGGGCGAUCCGGCAAGUCUUGCCGCCUCCGGUGGUGCAAUCAGCUCGACCCCGCCGUGAAGCGCAAGCCCUUCACUGACGAAGAGGAUCGGAUCAUAAUUGCAGCCCAUGCGGUUCAUGGAAACAAGUGGGCAUCAAUAGCAAGACUUCUCCCGGGGAGAACAGACAACGCCAUCAAGAACCAUUGGAAUUCCACCCUUAGGCGCCGGAGUACGGAACUUGAAAAGAUUAAGGUGGAAUGUACUAACACAGUUGACGAUGCUAGCUUGGACAGAGUAAAAGCAUCAUCUGAAGAAACACUUUCAUGUGGAGAAGCCAAUUCACCGAAGUCCCCGGAGGGAAAAGAUGUCAGUUCUCUGGAAAACACAAGCAACCAAUAUGAAGAAAAGUCAAUACAAAAGGAUCAGUUCAAUCCAAAGGAUCAGCCUACUCUGUACCGACCUGUUGCACGUGUAAGUGCAUUCAAUGUGUACAAUCGCUCGGAAGGUCCACAACCUGCAUUGCCAUCCAUAGGCUCAGUUCCUGCUUCGGAACACUUCGGUCAAGCUUUGAAACAGGAUCAUGGUUUCUCUAGGUUGCUUGAUGACGUUUAUGGUGAAAGAUUGGUGCCUCACAAUUGUGGUUAUGGUUGUUGCGAUGGUGACAAUGCUAGUGGUGGUCAGAAUUCCUUACUGGGCCCAGAAUUUGUGGAUUACUUGGAGCCCCAGUCUUUUCCAAAUUAUGAAUUGGCAUCAAUAGCUGCAGAUAUAAGCAAUCUCGCAUGGCUUCGUAGUGGACUGGACAAUAACAGUGUAAGGACGAAAGACGAUAGAGCUGGGCGUUAGAUUCUUCUGAUUCCUAGGUCAGAUCUCUCAGGCAUCUGAAGGCCAGACAAGGCUUCAUUAUAAGAGUAGAGAAAGAAGGAACUAUUUUGUUAUCGAACAGGGAAACCGCGCGUCAAGGAAGAUGACUGUGAAUUCACAGUCAACCUUGGGCAAGUGGGUUUUCUGCUAGGACCGGCUAGAUUCAGGUAAAAAGUGAACAUUGAAAGAGGAAUACAAAAAUGGUUCUUGCAAUAUUUAUACCGGAAAUUCAAGAAGCCCUUAUUUUAUUUCAAUGUGUUGUAGGACCUAUUGUAGAUGCUUUAUGGUACUGUUGGAUCUCCUUUUGUCGAUACAGGAUAAGCUCUUGCAUGUUUAUUCUCAGAGGCCUUAAAAAAUGAGGCAAGCACACAAAGUUUCGAACUGCAGUAACUGAUGCACGAGUACCUAGUGAAAUGUUUUGUUUAUGCUGUAUCUCACAGUUUGAUCUCGAUUCAUCCGUUGCUUUUG